ACAGUUGACGUUGAGUCCAAUCAGCGUUUCCCCUGUUGCUCAGCCACAAGCAGGUCCUUCUUCUGAAAUUAGGUCAUCUAGUUCUACGCCAAUUAUUCAGACGGAACAUGAAAGAACAACGCCAACUGGGUCACCCUCAACAAUUAAUGAUAUGGCUUCUACUACUGCAAGUUUGCCUAACCAGCUCAGCCCUCAACAGCUGCUAACUACUCCAGUAAAAUUUCGCGAGCCUCACUCUUUUCGUCCACAGGAUCUUCUGCAAUUGCCACAAGUAGCACAAAAUGGCCCAAGAAAUUCCAAUCAUAAUAAACGACUUGGGGCAUCACGAUGUUUGACCAGCUCUCCAGAAAUAAAACGAAUUCGAGAGGAACACGAAGAAAAGGAGCGGAAGCUAAAAGCAGCAGAGAAUCGGAAGAUAGCCAAAGCAACAAAAGCAAAAGCAGCUGAAGGAAAAAGGAAAUCAAACAAAGUACACAGUGUGGAAGAGGAUCAAUACUUCGAAACUACACCUGCAGUUUCGAAUCCGCAACAGGGAAGGAAAAGUACCUCCAGAGUGCUACGGUACGAUAAGGAAAAUGUGUCAUCAAUCAAUCUAGUGGAAGAAGAAGAGGACCUUCCCAGUGAACCACGUAAUAGUCCAGUUGUCCCAAGAAGGGAAAGAAUAACUCGAGCAGUAAAGCAAAAUAGAAUGCGUAAUGUAUGUGGUCGUUAACCAUGUCUUCGUGUUUGUUUUCUUGAUAAGAAUACCAAAU